AUAAAUAAAAAUCAAAACUUUAUUUUAAACAACAAAAAUAUCUCUCUCACACUCUCUCACUCUUUUGUCCAUGCCCCAAAAAUCCCCAUCUCGUCAAUCAGAGAAGAAGAAGUACAAAGCCGGGGUUUUUGGUGACGUUUAUAGUAUAAUGAUGCUGCCUAAAGAGCUUGAGCUUGAGAAAGAUGUUGUGCCCUCUCCUUUUGAGCUUCGGUUUCAGCUUCCUGAUUUCAGGACUGCCAUUCAGGAUGUUGUGAAGACGAGAGAAGUUGGAGAGUUUCUCAGUGGUGCUCUAGCAGGGGCAAUGACUAAAGCUGUUCUUGCUCCUCUUGAGACCAUCAGGACAAGGAUGGUGGUUGGUGUUGGAUCCAAAAAUAUUUCUGGUAGUUUCAUUGAGAUCAUUGAACAGCAGGGUUGGCAAGGAUUGUGGGCUGGCAAUGCAAUCAAUAUGCUCCGUAUAGUUCCUACCCAGGCAAUCGAGCUUGGAACAUUUGAGUGUGUGAAGCGAGUAAUGACAUCAGCACAAGAGAAAUGGAGGAAAGAGGAAUGCCCAAAGGUGCAAAUUGGUCAUGUCACUCUGAAUUUUUCGCUCAACUGGAUUUCUCCGAUUGCUGUGGCUGGUGCUGCUGCAGGAGUUGUUAGUACGCUUGUGUGUCAUCCUCUUGAAGUUUUGAAGGAUCGGUUGACUGUGAGUCGUGACAUAUAUCCUACUUUAAGUGUUGCAAUCAGCAAGAUUUACAAGGAUGGUGGGGUUGGUGCUUUUUAUGCUGGUCUUUCACCUACGCUGAUUGGGAUGCUCCCAUACAGUACAUGUUACUAUUUCAUGUAUGAGACAAUGAAGAACUCGUACUGCCAAUCAAAGAAGAAAAAAACAUUAAAUCGGCGAGAGAUGCUCCUUCUUGGAGCUCUUUCAGGUUUGACAGCUAGCACCAUCAGCUUUCCUUUGGAGGUUGCCAGAAAGCGGCUGAUGGUAGGAGCUUUGCAGGGUAAAUGUCCACCUCACAUGGCAGCGGCUCUUUCUGAAGUUAUUCGGGAGGAGGGUUUGAUGGGCCUUUACAGGGGAUGGGGUGCAAGCUGUUUAAAAGUCAUGCCAUCGUCUGGCAUAACCUGGAUGUUUUAUGAAGCUUGGAAAGACAUAUUGCUUUCUGAGAAAGUUUUCCUAUGACAAAUCUAGCAAAAUCUGGCCACAGGUACAUACUACAUAGUCGAGUCCAAGAUUGGGGUAUUUUCUCAAAAUUUAGAGGGGGAAGGUGCUUGUGUGCGGGUAAAGCCGGUGGAUAAUAUACCAAUGACAAUCUGACAUCAAUCAGCGUCAAGCAGGAUUGAGGGCUGCUUUUUUCAUAGAGCCCAUUGCAAUGCCUAACCAAAAUAUUUGAUCAGCUUCCAAUUUUGGCAUUCCAUUAAUAUUUUGAUAUUUGUAUCGACAGGUUUCUUAUAUCACUUAAAGAAUUUUUCCCCUAUGUGCCUGAUUUAUUCUUCAGAGCCUUGAAAAUGUUAGGAAAACUAAUUGCUUUUGUAUUUAUGCAUAAUGCCCAUAGUGUCGAAGGUGAGAAUGACAUAAAUAUGAUAUCAAGCGCUAGCCCUUUUUGCCUUUUCGGAUAAGAGGCUUAUCCUUAUCAUUGUAACUCUAGCCAGUUCUGAAGAGUCAUCUCAAUACUUGAGAAUUCAGAUUCCCCAUAGUUAUAGUGUCCUUUCUUGCUGACACCUCCUUUUCACAGGCACUUUAGACUUAGACCAUCUAACUGGCAAUGUAUGUCGCC